AUGACCGGAAAUAAAGUAUAAAAACAACGCAUAUGAAAUAGUGUAACAAGCUACAAAUUCAGCAUUGGCAUUGGAAGUUCUUCAUAUUUUACUACUAAGAUCCAGGAGCGCUUUGCAUCUGUCCCUCAACUUGCUUCGGCCUUAUGCCUAUAUUUUCAGUUCAGGUUGGAAGAAAUGUCUGCUGAUAUCUAUAACAUUAAACCUCUGACAGAGGAUCCGAAGCGAUAUGAAGACGUAUACUACAAUGUUUUUUACAAGAUCGCCCAGAAGGAUGUUGUUUUAGAAAAGGUGAAUCAAUAUUUUGAUACCAAGGUGAUAAAGAUGCUCACUGAUGUAUUUGGCCGCGAUGAAGAAUUUAGUCUACUAGGGGUUGGAGUCGGCGAAGGUCCUCACGAAUUUCACUUCCUGAAGAGUCUGCAAUCUUACUAUCCAUCAAUAUGCAAUGUGGCUGUGGAUCCCAAUGAAGGCAUGUUACAAACGUUUAAAGAUAGAGUUUCUUCUUUAAAUACAAAUGGGAAAGGCUCUGUCUCCUAUGAUGAGUUCGGUGGUCCAUUAUCUGAGUUUGUUGCUGGGAGUCCAUUGGCGAAGAAAAAGUACAAUCUUAUCACAUCCAUACAUUCACUCUACUACACCCACACCGGUGACUUUGAAACGACCUUCACCCAUAUGACAUCCAUGAUGAUAGACAAUGGUUUUAUCAUCAUCGUAUGUAAGAACGAUAGCCUCAAUACCAAAACAUUCCACAAGUUACCGUGGCUGUCAGAGAGCACACAAUCAAACGAACGACUGUCAUCAAAGACUGUAAGAGAGUUUGCUGAAGGUCAAGGUUAUAAGGUCACCACUGUCGACAUAUCCGUCCAAUGGGACAUCACUGAAUUAUUCAAAGACCAGUCAGAAUUUGGAGACAAACUCCUGGAUUUCUGCACCCAGGCAGCAUAUUUUCGACAAACAGCGCCCUCUGCGAUACUAGAUGACCUGAUUGCUUUUUGGCGUUCAAUUUCGACCCAGGAUGACAGCGGACGCGUUUUCGCCCCUGCCCAUGAUGAAAUACUGCUUGUCUCAAAAUAAGUCACUAACGCUGAUUUAUUUUAUUUUUGAAGACUGUAUGCUACCAAGAGUAAUUUCUAUUUAACAUCUUUCCCUGGUGAGAGGUGACAGUAGAUGUACCGCUUUAUAGGUUCCCAAGACUUCCGAGAAAAUCCCGAAGACCACUGAACAAAGGUCUGCGUUUGAAUGCAACAGUUACUGUAAAACAAUUUAAUCCGGGCUAUAUCUUCAAUUUCAGUCUAUCACGAUCACGCAUAUCGGGCUUGUGUCGCAUCAGUUUUAAUCAAAAUGAAAUAAUUCAAGAAAUACAUAGAUUUUACAGUAAAUUAUACUCGCAA